AUGGUCUCACUCUUUCAAUAUGUUGGCAUAAUUCAAGUCAUACGGUCCACUAUCAUUUUCAAUCGCCAGCAGAUUUCUAGCCUCCUGUACAUCGAUGCGCUGGUCGACGAAGAUCAUCGCAUCCUCCUUUCUGAUCAAAGUAUCAGCGUAAUGUACGCUUUCGAUAUGCGCGGUUCAUGGUUCGCGUUAUCAACUGUCACGUUAUGUGGGAUAGCAAUUACCAGGGACCAAUUCCUCGCAGUACGAGACCAAUCGUGGACGAACACAGGCAAGAAAGACGGCAAGGAACUUGAAACAUGACAUUGUGAAGACGGC